AAUGCUCAUUUUAGCAACACCACCAAAACCAAAACCAAAACCAAAUGUCAAGACUGGAGUUACGUGUGAACACAAAGUUCUUAAACUGGCCUGCCCAGCUGGUAGAAAGAUUGCUGUGAGAAGAGCUGUUUAUGGAAGAGGAAAGGGAGACAUGAAAUGUGUGUCUUCCAAGAAAUCUCUUUCACAAGUAAGGAAAUUCUGUAAUGGAAAGAGAAGAUGUAAUGUAUUGGCAAAGAAUAAUGUGUUUGGAGAUCCUUGCCCAGGAAUUUUCAAAUACUUGAGAGUUGCAUAUGUCUGUAAAAAAGUUUUAGCAACACCACCAAAACCAAAACCAAAACCAAAUGUCAAGACUGGAGUUACGUGUGAACACAAAGUUCUUAAACUGGCCUGCCCAGCUGGUAGAAAGAUUGCUGUGAGAAGAGCUGUUUAUGGAAGAGGAAAGGGAGACAUGAAAUGUGUGUGCUUCCAAAAAUCUCUUUCACAAGUAAGGAAAUUCUGUAAUGGAAAGAGAAGAUGUAAUGUAUUGGCAAAGAAUAAUGUGUUUGGAGAUCCUUGCCCAGGAAUUUUCAAAUACUUGAGAGUUGCAUAUGUCUGUAAAAAAGUUUUAGCAACACCACCAAAACCAAAACCAAAACCAAAUGUCAAGACUGGAGUUACGUGUGAACACAAAGUUCUUAAACUGGCCUGCCCAGCUGGUAGAAAGAUUGCUGUGAGAAGAGCUGUUUAUGGAAGAGGAAAGGGAGACAUGAAAGUUUGUCCACAAAAAUCAUUGUCAAAAUUCCAAAAAAGAAUUGCUGCCAGUGUGUGUGCUUCCAAGAAAUCUCUUUCACAAGUAAGGAAAUUCUGUAAUGGAAAGAGAAGAUGUAAUGUAUUGGCAAAGAAUAAUGUGUUUGGAGAUCCUUGCCCAGGAAUUUUCAAAUACUUGAGAGUUGCAUAUGUCUGUAAAAAAGAUGUCAAGACUGGAGUUACGUGUGAACACAAAGUUCUUAAACUGGCCUGCCCAGCUGGUAGAAAGAUUGCUGUGAGAAGAGCUGUUUAUGGAAGAGGAAAGGGAGACAUGAAAGUUUGUCCACAAAAAUCAUUGUCAAAAUUCCAAAAAAGAAUUGCUGCCAGUGUGUGUGCUUCCAAGAAAUCUCUUUCACAAGUAAGGAAAUUCUGUAAUGGAAAGAGAAGAUGUAAUGUAUUGGCAAAGAAUAAUGUGUUUGGAGAUCCUUGCCCAGGAAUUUUCAAAUACUUGAGAGUUGCAUAUGUCUGUAAAAAAGUUUUAGCAACACCACCAAAACCAAAACCAAAACCAAAUGUCAAGACUGGAGUUACAAUUGCUGCCAGUGUGUGUGCUUCCAAGAAAUCUCUUUCACAAGUAAGGAAAUUCUGUAAUGGAAAGAGAAGAUGUAAUGUAUUGGCAAAGAAUAAUGUGUUUGGAGAUCCUUGCCCAGGAAUUUUCAAAUACUUGAGAGUUGCAUAUGUCUGUAAAAAAGUUUUAGCAACACCACCAAAACCAAAACCAAAACCAAAUGUCAAGACUGGAGUUACGUGUGAACACAAAGUUCUUAAACUGGCCUGCCCAGCUGGUAGAAAGAUUGCUGUGAGAAGAGCUGUUUAUGGAAGAGGAAAGGGAGACAUGAAAGUUUGUCCACAAAAAUCAUUGUCAAAAUUCCAAAAAAGAAUUGCUGCCAGUGUGUGUGCUUCCAAGAAAUCUCUUUCACAAGUAAGGAAAUUCUGUAAUGGAAAGAGAAGAUGUAAUGUAUUGGCAAAGAAUAAUGUGUUUGGAGAUCCUUGCCCAGGAAUUUUCAAAUACUUGAGAGUUGCAUAUGUCUGUAAAAAAGUUUUAGCAACACCACCAAAACCAAAACCAAAACCAAAUGUCAAGACUGGAGUUACGUGUGAACACAAAGUUCUUAAACUGGCCUGCCCAGCUGGUAGAAAGAUUGCUGUGAGAAGAGCUGUUUAUGGAAGAGGAAAGGGAGACAUGAAAGUUUGUCCACAAAAAUCAUUGUCAAAAUUCCAAAAAAGAAUUGCUACCAGUGUGUGUGCUUCCAAGAAAUCUCUUUCACAAGUAAGGAAAUUCUGUAAUGGAAAGAGAAGAUGUAAUGUAUUGGCAAAGAAUAAUGUGUUUGGAGAUCCUUGCCCAGGAAUUUUCAAAUACUUGAGAGUUGCAUAUGUCUGUAAAAAAGUUUUAGCAACACCACCAAAACCAAAACCAAAACCAAAUGUCAAGACUGGAGUUACGUGUGAACACAAAGUUCUUAAACUGGCCUGCCCAGCUGGUAGAAAGAUUGCUGUGAGAAGAGCUGUUUAUGGAAGAGGAAAGGGAGACAUGAAAGUUUGUCCACAAAAAUCAUUGUCAAAAUUCCAAAAAAGAAUUGCUGCCAGUGUGUGUGCUUCCAAGAAAUCUCUUUCACAAGUAAGGAAAUUCUGUAAUGGAAAGAGAAGAUGUAAUGUAUUGGCAAAGAAUAAUGUGUUUGGAGAUCCUUGCCCAGGAAUUUUCAAAUACUUGAGAGUUGCAUAUGUCUGUAAAAAAGUUUUAGCAACACCACCAAAACCAAAACCAAAACCAAAUGUCAAGACUGGAGUUACGUGUGAACACAAAGUUCUUAAACUGGCCUGCCCAGCUGGUAGAAAGAUUGCUGUGAGAAGAGCUGUUUAUGGAAGAGGAAAGGGAGACAUGAAAAAAUCUCUUUCACAAGUAAGGAAAUUCUGUAAUGGAAAGAGAAGAUGUAAUGUAUUGGCAAAGAAUAAUGUGUUUGGAGAUCCUUGCCCAGGAAUUUUCAAAUACUUGAGAGUUGCAUAUGUCUGUAAAAAAGUUUUAGCAACACCACCAAAACCAAAACCAAAACCAAAUGUCAAGACUGGAGUUACGUGUGAACACAAAGUUCUUAAACUGGCCUGCCCAGCUGGUAGAAAGAUUGCUGUGAGAAGAGCUGUUUAUGGAAGAGGAAAGGGAGACAUGAAAGUUUGUCCACAAAAAUCAUUGUCAAAAUUCCAAAAAAGAAUUGCUGCCAGUGUGUGUGCUUCCAAGAAAUCUCUUUCACAAGUAAGGAAAUUCUGUAAUGGAAAGAGAAGAUGUAAUGUAUUGGCAAAGAAUAAUGUGUUUGGAGAUCCUUGCCCAGGAAUUUUCAAAUACUUGAGAGUUGCAUAUGUCUUUUUAGCAACACCACCAAAACCAAAACCAAAACCAAAUGUCAAGACUGGAGUUACGUGUGAACACAAAGUUCUUAAACUGGCCUGCCCAGCUGGUAGAAAGAUUGCUGUGAGAAGAGCUGUUUAUGGAAGAGGAAAGGGAGACAUGAAAGUUUGUCCACAAAAAUCAUUGUCAAAAUUCCAAAAAAGAAUUGCUGCCAGUGUGUGUGCUUCCAAGAAAUCUCUUUCACAAGUAAGGAAAUUCUGUAAUGGAAAGAGAAGAUGUAAUGUAUUGGCAAAGAAUAAUGUGUUUGGAGAUCCUUGCCCAGGAAUUUUCAAAUACUUGAGAGUUGCAUAUGUCUGUAAAAAAGUUUUAGCAACACCACCAAAACCAAAACCAAAACCAAAUGUCAAGACUGGAGUUACGUGUGAACACAAAGUUCUUAAACUGGCCUGCCCAGCUGGUAGAAAGAUUGCUGUGAGAAGAGCUGUUUAUGGAAGAGGAAAGGGAGACAUGAAAAAAUCUCUUUCACAAGUAAGGAAAUUCUGUAAUGGAAAGAGAAGAUGUAAUGUAUUGGCAAAGAAUAAUGUGUUUGGAGAUCCUUGCCCAGGAAUUUUCAAAUACUUGAGAGUUGCAUAUGUCUGUAAAAAAGUUUUAGCAACACCACCAAAACCAAAACCAAAACCAAAUGUCAAGACUGGAGUUACGUGUGAACACAAAGUUCUUAAACUGGCCUGCCCAGCUGGUAGAAAGAUUGCUGUGAGAAGAGCUGUUUAUGGAAGAGGAAAGGGAGACAUGAAAGUUUGUCCACAAAAAUCAUUGUCAAAAUUCCAAAAAAGAAUUGCUGCCAGUGUGUGUGCUUCCAAGAAAUCUCUUUCACAAGUAAGGAAAUUCUGUAAUGGAAAGAGAAGAUGUAAUGUAUUGGCAAAGAAUAAUGUGUUUGGAGAUCCUUGCCCAGGAAUUUUCAAAUACUUGAGAGUUGCAUAUGUCUGUAAAAAAGUUUUAGCAACACCACCAAAACCAAAACCAAAACCAAAUGUCAAGACUGGAGUUACGUGUGAACACAAAGUUCUUAAACUGGCCUGCCCAGCUGGUAGAAAGAUUGCUGUGAGAAGAGCUGUUUAUGGAAGAGGAAAGGGAGACAUGAAAGUUUGUCCACAAAAAUCAUUGUCAAAAUUCCAAAAAAGAAUUGCUGCCAGUGUGUGUGCUUCCAAGAAAUCUCUUUCACAAGUAAGGAAAUUCUGUAAUGGAAAGAGAAGAUGUAAUGUAUUGGCAAAGAAUAAUGUGUUUGGAGAUCCUUGCCCAGGAAUUUUCAAAUACUUGAGAGUUGCAUAUGUCUGUAAAAAAGUUUUAGCAACACCACCAAAACCAAAACCAAAACCAAAUGUCAAGACUGGAGUUACGUGUGAACACAAAGUUCUUAAACUGGCCUGCCCAGCUGGUAGAAAGAUUGCUGUGAGAAGAGCUGUUUAUGGAAGAGGAAAGGGAGACAUGAAAGUUUGUCCACAAAAAUCAUUGUCAAAAUUCCAAAAAAGAAUUGCUGCCAGUGUGUGUGCUUCCAAGAAAUCUCUUUCACAAGUAAGGAAAUUCUGUAAUGGAAAGAGAAGAUGUAAUGUAUUGGCAAAGAAUAAUGUGUUUGGAGAUCCUUGCCCAGGAAUUUUCAAAUACUUGAGAGUAGUUUAUUUUUGUAGAAAGGUCACAAAGGCAAAGACUACUGUGAAACCAACUAGUAAACCAGUAACUGAUGGAACUGAUGCAACAUUACUGGCAACAGAAGCACCAAAAUCCACUGAAGUAUUUAUAGAACCACCUAAACCAACAAACGAGCCUAUAGUAAUUCCAACUGAAGAACCUGGAUUGACUAAAGGAUCUACUGAAGGUAUUGAACCUACCGAAUCUGAUACUGAAUCACCUGAAAUAACUGAAUCUCCCACUGAAGUUUUUGAGCCCACAGAAGCUUCUACUGAAGAAUCUGAAGCUACAGAAGGUUCCACUGCAGUUCCUGAACCUACAGAAGCACCCAGUGAAUUGCCAACUGAAGGACCUGAACCCACUGAAUUGCCAUCUACGGAAACACCAACAAUCGAAACUGUCCCACCGACAAAUGACGGAAGUUCAGAUUAUGAAAAGAAGAAGACUUGUGAACAUAAAACACUUGAUAUACUUUGUCCAAGUGGAUUGGUGAUUGAUGUUAAGUCAGCAUUGUAUGGUAGGUCCCAAGGAGAUAUGUCUUCUUGUAAAAAGAAGUCUCUGACUGGAUAUAGACAGACGAUCAUGAAUAACAAUUGUGCUUCUGAAAAUUCCAAUGCUAUUGUGAAAAGACAGUGUAAUGGAAAAUCAUCUUGCAGUGUUCUUGCCAAGAAUAGUGUAUUUGGGGAUCCUUGUCCUGGAAUAUUUAAGUAUUUGGAAGUUGAAUAUAAAUGUAAACCACAACGUCCAUGCAAAAAGGGUCAAUUUAAAUUUGGAAGUAAAUGCAUUGAAGUUGUUCAAAACCCUCAAUUCCCAUCCGAAGCAUUGAAAUAUUGUGAAGAACGAGGAGGUCAAAUGGUUUCUAUAAGAAACAUGAGAAAGAAUAGCGCUAUUGCAAAGAAAAUGCUAAAGAAGAGCGUUGCUAAUGGCUUUAUUGGUUUAUCGGAUAGCCUUGAAGAGGGGAAAUUUGUAUGGAGUGAUGGAAGAGAGCUGAAAAGAAACAGUUUCAAAUUCUUCCAAAAUAAAACAGGGAACACCAUAGACAAGGAUUGUGUAUAUAUGGAUAGUGAAACUGGUCGUUGGCAUCACGUUAGCUGUGAGCUAGCUCUUCCAUUUAUUUGUGAAUUCCAAAUAGAGAAAUCAAAAACUUUCUCAUCCCGUUCUGAUACAUUCACUCUCUUUUAUACCUUGCUAGCGUCACUUAACUGGGUGCUUGACUGUGCUAAUUCUUGGUGCCACGUUCGCGCCAUGUCGUUCUCUAUCCCGGUUAUGUGA